AUGACCGCGAUCGCGCGCGACGUUCGCGCCCCGCGCUCGCGCGCGUCGUCGUCGUCGACCGCCGGUUCGAGUUCUCGACCGUCGACGUCAGCGUUUCAGACGAAACGUCACGCGCGCGUCGUUCGCUGUCGCGUCGCCGACGACGUACCGUCGGCGUACGUGCCGUCGGCGAUGGAUACCUCCGCGCUCGCGGCGAACGGAGUGGUGCUCGUGGCGGUCGGCGCGAUGGUGGCGUACUGGUGGUUCGGAUUGGUCCCGGACGCGCGCGUGAGACUCGCGAGGGACAAGAAGGCUGGGACGUUGCGAAAGUACCUCGAGGAGCUGAAGGAAGACGACGAGCGAGGAUUAGAGCGAUGGUUUUACUCGGAGUGGUUGCGAAAGGUGGACCCGGAGACGAAGUUUUUGUUGCGAGAAGAGGCGCCGGUGAGCGAAAACGAGACGGAUUUAGAACGAGUGACGCGACUGGCCAAAAAGACGCCGAAAUUUUGGAGCUUGGAUAAUCCUGUGCUCGUCGGCACGGCGUUGACCAUUGGAGUGGCUGCGCUUACGAGCGGGACGGCACCUUAG